GACUAUGGCGGAGUGCUUUUUGUAGGAAGUGCCUUGUCGACCAAGCAGACGAGGCUGAUUUCUCAUAAAUUCUCGUUCGAAUCCCCGCCUCUUCCGUUUACUCAGAUUCCUAGCUCCCUCUGAAGCUAUAACAAAAGCGCAGACAGAAAAUGGCUCGAUACGAUCGUGCGAUCACAGUUUUCUCUCCGGAUGGUCACCUGUUUCAAGUCGAGUACGCCCUCGAGGCCGUUCGCAAGGGUAACGCGGCCGUCGGAGUUCGAGGCACCGACACCAUUGUUCUCGGUGUCGAGAAGAAAUCCACCGCUAAACUUCAAGACUCAAGAUCAGUUAGAAAGAUUGUAAAUCUUGAUAACCAUAUUGCUUUGGCUUGUGCUGGGCUAAAAGCAGAUGCAAGGGUCCUGAUAAACAAGGCAAGGAUUGAAUGUCAGAGCCAUAGGCUUACAGUUGAGGAUCCUGUAACGGUUGAAUACAUAACCCGUUACAUUGCUGGUCUUCAGCAGAAGUAUACACAGAGUGGUGGUGUGAGGCCAUUUGGUCUGUCAACUUUGAUUGUGGGCUUUGAUCCAUAUACGGGUGUUCCAUCACUCUAUCAGACAGAUCCAUCCGGAACGUUUUCGGCUUGGAAAGCUAAUGCGACUGGGAGAAACUCAAACUCUAUGCGUGAGUUUUUAGAGAAGAACUAUAAGGAAACUUCUGGGCAAGAGACUGUAAAACUUGCAAUCCGGGCAUUGCUAGAAGUUGUUGAGAGUGGUGGAAAGAACAUCGAGAUUGCUGUGAUGACAAGAGAACAUGGUCUACGGCAACUUGAUGAAGCUGAAAUUGAUGCCAUUGUUGCUGAGAUAGAAGCAGAGAAAGCAGCAGCAGAGGCUGCAAAGAAGGGGCCUCCAAAAGAAACCUAAUUCUUUCCCAGCUUCUAUUUUUUACUCGGGAGUUUCUGGAAAGUUGGAUGGAGAUUAAAUAUUUCUUAUUUUGGAUGAUGUUGCUUUCUUUUGUGAAUCUCAGAUACACUGCUCUUAUGUCUCAUAUCCUCUGAAUCCUAGGUAGCACCCAAAGCAAUUUCAAUCACGUUCUGCUGUUGAAGCUUUGUGGGGUUUGCCAUGCUCCAGGAAAUGACAGUGAAGUUAAGUUUUAAAAUAGUUUGCAAGGUCAUGGUACUUAAAAUGAGAGCUAGAGAAUGUGACAAACAGUACAAUUUUAAGGUCAUAUAUG